UUCUUGACUUCUGAGUCCCCAGAAAACUUAUCCAUUCAAAUCCAUUAAGAACUUACCUGCUCCCAAGAGCAAGCAGGCUUUUCCAAUGCAACCCACCCUCUCUAUUCCAGUAGCAGCAAAGAUUGGCUAGAGAAACAUCAUGGGUUCCAUGGAAGAAUCAGCUGAUGAAUUCCAAACAAGGAGCUACUGGAGAUGCAGCAAGAAAGACUUCUUCCCUGAGAAGUCCUUCGAGAGCUGGGCCGCCUAUAAAGCGGCCCUGGGUCAGACCCACCACCGCUUCAAGGACCGCCUCCUUGGUCGAUCCAGCGACGCCACCGAGCUCGGGGAGGUCCGCAAGCAGAGCGAGAAUGACAUGAAGCGCUGCCUCGGCUGGUGGGACCUCACCUGGUUUGGCUUUGGUUCGGCCCUCGGUGCCGGAAUCUUCGUCCUCACAGGCCAAGAAGCCCGUCACCAUGCUGGCCCUGCCAUAGUCCUCUCCUACGUUGCCUCCGGCAUCUCCGCCAUGCUCUCCGUCUUCUGCUACACCGAAUUCUCGGUGGAAAUUCCCGUGGCAGGGGGUUCAUUUGCUUACCUUAGAGUGGAGCUGGGGGACUUCGCGGCGUUCAUAGCAGCAGCCAACUUGAUUCUAGAAAGCGUAGUCGGCAGCGCUGCGGUUGCCAGGGCUUGGACUUCAUAUUUGGCGACCCUCUUGAACCGCCCCUCGAACUCAUUGAGAAUCCACACACAUCUCGCUAAGGGCUUCAAUUUAUUGGACCCAAUUGCGGCGAUUGUCCUUGCAGCCACUGCAACAAUCGCCAUGAUCAGCACCAAGAGGACCUCUUACUUCAAUUGGAUUGCUUCUACCGUCCAUGUUGUUGUCAUACUACUCGUCAUAAUUGGUGGUUUUGCCCAUGCCAACACUAGCAAUCUGAAACCUUUCCUCCCUCAUGGCGUCCAAGGUGUCUUCCAAGCAGCUGCAGUCGUGUACUUUGCCUAUACUGGAUUCGAUAACAUCGCCACCAUGGCAGAGGAAACAAGAAAUCCUUCGAAUGACAUACCAAUAGGCCUUCUUGGUUCCUCGUCGGUCAUCACAGUCUUAUAUUGCCUGAUGGCCCUGUCACUGAGCAUGAUGCAGAAAUAUACUGAUAUUGAUCCAAAUGCAGCAUACUCUGUGGCAUUUAAGAGUGUUGGAUGGGCAUGGGCACAGUAUAUCGUCGCGCUUGGUGCUCUCAAGGGGAUGACCACCGUCCUGCUCGUUGGCGCCCUCGGCCAGCCUCGGCACACCACUCACAUAGCUAGGAGUCACAUAAUUCCACCCUUCUUUGCUCUAGUCCACCCCAAAACUGGAACACCGAUCUAUGCCACUAUUUUGAUUACUUUCUGUGCUGCCUGCAUUGCCUUCUUCUCGAGCCUGGAUAUCUUGGCAACUCUACUAUCUGUGAGCACUCUCUUCAUCUUUAUGAUGAUGGCCACUGCACUGCUUGUGAGGAGAUACUACAUGAGAGGCGUCUCCUCUCGUUCGCAUCUCUUAAAGCUGUCGAGCUUCCUGCUGUUGAUAAUUGCUUCUUCUAUGGGGACUGCAGCUUUCUGGGGACUGAGGCCACAUGGAUGGAUUGGUUACCUGAUAACUAUUCCUUUGUGGAUGGUGGGCACCCUGGGGAUCCAAUUGUUCGUGCCCCAAUGCCGGAUGCCGAAGGUGUGGGGGGUUCCUCUGGUGCCAUGGCUGCCGUCCUUGUCGAUUUUAACCAAUCUGUUUCUCAUGGGUUCUUUAGGUGCUGAAGCAUUCAUUAGGUUUGGGAUAUGCACUUUGAUAAUGCUGCUUUACUAUCUGUUCUUUGGAGUCCAUGCUGCCUAUGAUAUGGCCCAUGGCCAAUAUGAAAAACCAACUUCAGUGGAAGCAGUGAAGAAUGAAGAUGUGAAGAAGGCAGCAGAAGGGCCUUGAAGCAGUGCAGCACUGAUGGUAAUUAUUUCCUUGUCUUUUUAUUUAAUUCCAAAUGCAAUAUGAUGUAUGGAUAGUAAUUUAGAGUUAGAAAAGAACAUGGGUAGAUGAAAAAAAUGUCAAAAAAAGAUGUGGCAAAAUCUGCUGAAAGAUGGUGACAAUCAACUUUCUGGAAAAUAAAUUACGCCAGUAACUGUGUAGCAAA